AUUAUUCUAUCCACAUGGAGAUGGUUAUAAUAUGAUAAAUUGAAGCCCAUUAUAUUAAUCUCAGAUGAAAAAUAUGGUGGUCACAGCACAAAGGGCAAUAUUAAUAAAUACUGCCUAUACACAUUUAAAGGCCAAUAUUCUAUUAUAUGUUCCUUGUUAUGGUUUUAUUAACGUUUGUUUUUCAUAAACAUCUGCUGUUAAAGACGGAAAACUUUCCCUCGCUGACAUCGACGCCAUCUUCAAGGAGCUGAACAUAACGUACAACGGCACAGAUUUCUGGAUUGAUCCCAUCACUCAGCCAUGCAACCCCUCGCCUAUCUCCGACACGGCCAUGAUUGGCAUGAGUGUCUUCUACGUGCUCGUCUUUCUGCUGGCCAUCCCUGGGAACCUUCUGGUCGGGCUGGUGAUCUGCCUGAACAAGCAGCCCCUUUCCUCCUCCGACCUCUACCUCCUCCACCUGGCCGUGGCCGACAUCCUCCUGGCCGUGACUCUCCCCUUCUGGGCCACCUCCGUGACGCUGGGCUGGGUGUUCGGCGACGCCAUGUGCAAAAUGGUCAGCGUCCUCCAGGAACUCAGCUUCUAUGUCAGCAUCCUCUUCCUGGCCUGCAUCAGCGUGGACCGCUACCUGGCCAUCGUUCGCGCCACAGACACUCACAAGGUGAGCCGCCGACUGGUGGUGAACUGGUGCGUCUGCGCCGCCGUGUGGUUCACGGGGGGACUGCUGUCUCUGCCGGGGCUGUUGAACUCUGCCAACCCUUCAACCGACUCGUCCAACGGCACGCAGCUGAGCGUUUGCACCGAGCAUUACGACCCGGGCAGCGUCCAGGAAUGGAGGCUGGCCACCAGGGGGCUCAGCCACACCCUGGGCUUUGUCUUCCCGUUGAUUGUGAUGCUGCUUUGCUACGGGACCACCAUGCGGCGCCUCCUGCGCACCAAGGGCGGCUUCCAGCGGCAGCGCGCCAUGCAGGUGAUCGUGGUGUUGGUGGUGGCCUUCCUGGUGUGCUGGACGCCCUACCACCUGGCGGUGAUCAUCGAUACUUUCCUUCGGGCGGGGACCGGGCCGUACCAGUGCCUGACGCGGAACACCAUGGACCGAGCCGUGUUCGCCACGCAGAGUCUGGGGCUGCUGCACAGCUGUGUAAACCCAGUGCUGUACGCGUUUGUGGGCAGGAAGUUCAGAGGGAGGUUGGAGUCAGUGAUCCAGCAGACGGGAUUUCUUGAGCGCACGCAGACGCCUAGACCGAGCGGGUCCUCAUCAACGGAAAGGCCAUCCACGAUCCUAUAACUGUGUGUGUGUGUGUGUGUGUGUGUGUGUGUGUGUGUGUGUGUGUGUGUGUGUGUGUGUGUGUGUGUGUGUGUGUGUGUGUGUGUGUGUGUGUGUGUGUGUGUGCGUAGGCCUACUGUGCAAACACACUGAAUCACAACAUUUGUUUUUAUAUAUAAUUUUGUAUUAAUAUUAUAAUUUUUAAUACUUCUGUCAACAAGAGGCAUGCACUUAUUGGUGAGUUGUAAAAAAGACAUGAGUCAGCAAAAGUUGUAUUGAGACAUUUUAAAUGUAAAUAAAAAAAAAUCAUGAAACAUUGUUUUUAUAUAUCAGUAUUUAUAUGUAUAUAUAUCUUCAUAUUCCGAAGUUGUAAAUGUGUAAAUUGUAAAUGGAUUUUUAUGAUGUCCGUUGUUCCUGUAGGCCUAUAUGUGGUUUUCUGCCCCACAGCACCUCCCUGUGUUCUGAUGUUAUAUGUUACUGGUUAUUGCUAAGCAACUAGAUGUUACAUAACUCAAUGCACAUUUCUUUGUUAUUAUCUGUGCUAUGUUUACUCUUUCUGCAUUUAUUGAUAAAACUUGAAUCUCUUCAAGAACAUGUCUGCCUCAUACUGUAACAUAUUAAAUCAUUGGAUGAACUCA